AUGGCUCCGGAAUCCUGGCGCGUCACUCAUGUGUCGGUUUUGAAAUCGAGGGUUAAAGCAAAUAGAGUUGGUCUGCAUCAAGCUAAGAUGAUUCUAAGUUUGCUUUCAUUCGUGCUUAACCUGUGCUUUGCCUUCUCGGCCGGAUUCCCCCGCGAGAAAGCUGUCUAUAUCAAUCUUGUUGUGCUGUCCAUUGAAGUAUUCAUACUUCUUGGAUUCUGCAUGGAUAUUGUCCGUUUCUUCAAUGAUUUUAUGGCUCUGGACAACUGUCCGUCGCUGGCCAUAACUGAAGAGGACAAGCAUUUGAAUGAUGAUAUGGACGACAGUAUGAAUGAAGAUGUGCAAGACGAUAUGAAUGACGAUGAGCAAGACUGUGAAGAAGACGAAAAAUCGCCUAGUGAAGAUGUCUCUAGUUCAGCUUGUGAAGAGACAUCGCAUUUACCCAGCCAAACGACCCAGGGAGCAAUCCAGAUAAACACAAUCAUCUCGACGCUUCAGGAAGAGCUCGAAGAGAAGGUUCGAUUAGCAGACGAACUAAGUAAAAAGGUAGAGGGCCUGACUGAAGAAGGAACGAAGCUGGCACGCAAUAUAACUGAACUGGAACGUCUCAAUCAUGAGAAGGAUAGGCAACUCCUCUCAAUGCCAGCCGAAAUGGAAGAGCUCAGAAGAGAGAUAGCGCUCAAGGCGCAGGAGACAGAGAAGCUAAGAAGAGAGAACGAGGACAAAGACUCCUCCCUCAUCAUUUUGGAAAACACGGUCGCAGUUCUCGACAUGGAAAAGGAGACGUUGCGUCGAGAUCUGCAGCAGAAGGAAAAUAGUCUAACCGAAAUGAAAAAUGAACUACUCAAGAAAAAUGAAGACUUGAAGAAACUGCGAGAAGAUAAUAGAAGGAAGCAGAAUAGCAUUGAAAGUCUGCAGAAGGAAAGCGAGGAUCUGAUCUUCCAGAGGAACGGUUUGGAAAAUAAAUUGCAAGUCCUUACCGUUGAGAAAAAGAUGGCCCAAGAAAAUUUGAAGCAGCUCGAACUAUGCAGGAAAGAAUUAGCUGACAAAAGGAGGGAGUUGGAGGAUGUUAAAGCCCACAACCUCCAGAGGGAUAGAGAGAUCCUCCGCCUGGAGAAUGAGCUCUCUCUGAAGCAGAAGGAGGUCUUCGGUUUGACAAAAGGAACCGAAAGUAUUGUAGGACAAAGGGCCAAUGGAAAGAUCAAUGAAAUGACGAGGAAGGUAGUCCAACUUGAAUUUGAGCAUGCUGAGAUGAAGGAGGAACUUGAGACGAUGGAGUUUGAAAAGAUGGAGGCCAUCUUGGAACUUGAAAAACUCCAAGAAGAGGCCUUGGCCCAGGAUACGAAAAUUGGACUCUUGGACAUGAAAAGGCUUGAUAUGAUUAGCAAGGCAAAAGACACUUCCUAUAAAGAGAAGAAUUUGACCAAAAUGGCGCCGAAAAAACAGCCUGGAUCAGAGAGGAAAGUUGAAAAGGAAAGUUCUCAGACUAAACCUCGAUGUCUGAGGAAGCCCCAGGUCAACUGCAAAGCCCUCUACCGACAAAUGGACGACAUCGAGGAAGGGAUUCUCCAGUUCAGAGCGUCGCAACGACGUUCAGCUGCCAACAGGAAACAUUCAAAAGCCUCAGCUAAACUUCCUUCAGUGACGAAGCCUCUAAGUAGAGAACAAAUACAUCAGAAGCUCAGGAUGGAAUCUGCAGCUAACCUCCGAAAACUGGAGCGAGAUGCUGCAAUGGACGUAAAUAAAACAGAUUUUCCAGAAAAUAGAAAUAAGUUCAUUCAAGUGCUGGGGAAAUAUAGAAAUGUAAUAGCUGUAGAAGGAGAUAAACUAGGAAGAACGAAUGUCCUACAACAUAAGAAUUUGUUAGAUGAUGGAGCCAAGCCAUUUUUUAUUCCUAAUUACAGAUUACCAAUAAGCCAGAGACCCGUAGUUGAUCUUUUGAUAGAGGAAGUGAAAAGAGAUGGAAGUUCAGAUAUAUUCCAGGGAAACUCAGCACCUUGGCAGAUGCAUUAUCCAGAUCUCAAGAAGGAACAGAAAAAUGCAUUACAACUACCUUUUGUUUUAGUUGCAGAUUUAGAAAGAAUGAAAGUAGAACAAGAUAAAGAUCCAGUAAUCAGGCAAAUAGUAGGACAACUAUUAAUGGAUGAAUCCUUAAAACCUGAUUUUCAGUUAAUAAAUGAGGCAAACAUGCGGCUCAUCAUAGCACUAGUUUUAAUUGGACUCAUUUCUUCAGAAGUGGAGAUAAGAAAAGGUGCCCUGUUAAACAGACAUGGAAAAGUCAAAAUGACCAAGGACCUUGGAAUAGAUAGUAUAAAUAUUUCCACAGUGCUCAAACGUGAAAGUAAAUUAAGAGAAAUCCAAAAUAGUAUUAAAGAAAUCCUACAGUGCCAUGUCAUUAUUGGAAAAGUUGAGCAUGAACAUAGAUAA